AUGGAACUGACCCGGGCCGCAGUAGGCGGGAUGACCGGGGAGCAAAAGAUCUGCUGCGGGGAGGAUGGGUUCUCUCCUUCUAGAAAGGGAAACCUCCCCCGGGAGCAUGAAGAAGACAGACCAGAAGUCCUCCCUUCUCUCCUGGGCCAAGCUGAUUCUGGAAUUGUCUCCAGGCCUGAGGAAGUAUCUGAACCUGAAAAGGGACCUACCGUACAGACCGAAACCAUGAAGAAUAAAGGUUUGGAACCGUUUGGACGGUCAGGUGUUCUCUCUCUGAAGAACCCUGUCUUGACCCAGUCAACUGGCCUGCAGAGUACUGUUUCAGCUGGACACUUGCUUCAGCCAUCUCGCCUGAUUGAGGCCUCCUGGAAGGGCAUGGAUACCAGUAACCACCUCCUCUUGGAGCCUGCAGCUUGGAAGGCCCAGGACUUUAUUCUGGACUACUUUACCAAACGGGCUAAGAGAACUCUGGAUGCAACUGAGUCUCUGGGAUCUACAUGCCAAUCCCAAACCAAGAAGAGACAAGGCUUGGAACUGUUUGGAAAGCCAGCUGUUCUGUCUCUAGAGAACCGCAUCCUGGCCCAGCCACCCAGCUACCUUCUUCCAUCUAUGACUGAGGCUUCCCUGAGGUCCAUAGAUGCCACUAACCACCUCCUUACAAGAUCUGCAGCCCAAAGGAGCCAACACUUCCUUUUGGCACCCUGCCUUGGAGAAACCCAGGAUUACUGUGCUACACGCCGCAAGGGGACUCUGGAAGCAACUAAGUCUCUGGAUCCCUGUUCCCUCUCCAGAGAGGAAGAGGAGGAGGAAAAGCAAGUAGAGGAAGAAGCAAUUCCCCUUUAUAACCUAAGCUUGAGAGAAGAAAGGGAGUCAGAAGAGCUGAUACUGGAACUUGCUCCCAGGGAUUAUGACGCCCAACCUGAGAACACAGACCAGGUUUUACAGGACAAGAAGAUGCUGCUAAUCACCAAGCUGUGCUGUGCUCUGUCUUCCAGAGCAAACCUCCUGGAGGCUGAAGACCCUACCCGGAUUUUCCUGCUUCAGCUCUGCACAGACCUUGCCCUUUUAGAACCUGAAUUCAUCCUCAAGGCAUCCCUGUAUGCACGACAGCAGCUCAACAUUCGAGAUAUGGCUAUCAUGGUCCUAGCCAUAGCCGCCUAUCUGCCUGCUUGUCGUCCCCACUUGCGGAGAUAUUUCUGUGCCAUUGUCCAGCUCCCUUCUGACUGGAUGCAAGUGGCUCAGUAUUUUCAGAACCUGGCUGAGGGGCCUGAUAAGAAGUUGGUACCUAUGCCUGCCUGUCUCCGUGCCGCCAUGACUGAGAAAUUUGCCCAGUUUGAUGAGUACCAACUGGCUAAAUACAACCUUCGUGAACACCGGGCUAAGAAAAGACGGCGCUACCGACGUCCAAAGUCAGGCGAAAUCAUCCAAAGGAAGUGGUACAACUCAACUAUAAUAUACAAGACCUAUUAUAAUCACCAAAAAGCAUUUAUGAGGGCCUAUCAUGAAGAGCCAGUGAAAAAGAAACCAUCGGAUUUCACCCUGAAGAAGUUGAUACAGCGAUUGCACAUCCGAGAUCCUGUGCAGAAUGUCAAGGCCCUGUUGGGCUGCCGAUACCCUUCAGACCUACAGUCCUUCUCCCGGAGCCGUCUACCUGGUCCCUGGGAUUCCAGUAGAGCUGGGACUCGGAUGAAACUUCCACAGCCAGAGACCUGGGAGCGAGUGCUGAGCCAGCAAGGGAACAAAGCCUCAGUCUGGGAGGGGCUCAUUGACAAUGGGAAGUUGCCCUACAUGGCCAUGCUGAGGAACCUAUGCAGCCUACUUCGAGUUGGAAUCAGUGCCAAGCACCAUGAACGCAUCCUACAGCUGCUGGAGCGCAAAGAGUCAGUGAUCCGCAGCAGACAGCUUCCUUUCCGAUUUCUUUCUGCCCAUACAUCCAUCAGUGACCUGGAGAGACAACUCAUGAACUCUGGGCCAGUUCCCUGCAAUGUGGUUAUAAUGCGACAGCUGUUAGAAAGGCUGGAGAAGAAAAAGAAGUUACCCAAGCCAGAGAGGAAAUUGACUAACUUGGACCUUCGAUUUGCUAUGAUGGUGCCUGUGCUCUAUGAGCACUUCAAGCGAGAAAAGCAGCGGCUAAUCCAGAUUAGCCAUUGGAAGCAAGACUGGGAGAUGAUAAAGCGCUACCAACAGGCCCUAGAGACAGCUAUGAACCUCUCUGUGCAACACAACUUGCCCCCGCUGCCUGGCCGAACCCUAAUUGUCUGUAGCCCGUAUGAAUCCCAAGAUAAAAAAAAGAAUCCCCUGACUCAUGUGCUACUGUUGGUGGCGAUGUUGAUGGCCCGUGCUGAGCAAGCUGAGCUAUUACUUUGUAGAAGGGGUACUUUGAAGAAAGCUGUGAUUAAUCCAGAGGAGGGCAUUCUGAAGACUGCAACUGAGCUCGAGGCACAGAUACAGGACAUGCAUGUAGAGAGUUCAAAACCAGAUCAUCAUCCAUUUGUCACAUACCUGCUGGACAUGGUCAUUAGGCGGGUGCCGAUGGACACGGUCGUCUUUGUUGGUAACACCAUGAAAGACUUUGAGCUCAUGACUGCCAAGCAAUUCUUCUGGCAGCGUGUGAAUCCCAAAUGCCUCUUUGUUGGAGUUGAUCUAAUGGGCUUGGAUUCCUGUUCACUCAGUACAAACCCCAAUGAUGUCGUUCUCACAGGCUGCACCGAUGGAAUACUGAAGUUUAUUUCAGAACGUGGGAUGUCACGUCUUCUGGAACAUGUGGGCCAAAUGGAUAAGAUAUUUAAGAUUCCACCCCAGAGAGGGGAGGCACAGACCCCACCUGACAGGCCCCUUGAGGAGAGGGAGCCAAGCCCCCAGGCCCCUGCUCCCCAACAUAGCUGGCGCAGCGUCCGUAUUUUCAUCUCAUCCACUUUCCGGGAUAUGCAUGGGGAACGGGACCUGUUACUACGUUCAGUACUACCUGCCCUACAGGCCCGUGCAGCCCCCCACCACAUCAGUGUGCGUGGCAUUGACCUGCGCUGGGGAGUUACUGAGGAGGAGACCCGGAAAGAUAGACAAUUGGAGCUGUGCCUAGGGGAGGUGGAAAACUCACAACUCUUUGUGGGGAUCCUGGGCUCCCGCUACGGCUAUGUUCCACCCAACUACAACCUUCCUGACCAUCCACACUUCCGCUGGGCAAAAGAUUAUCCACCUGGCCGUUCUGUGACCGAGAUGGAAGUGAUGCAGUUCCUAAAUCGAAGUUCCCACCAGCAAGGUGUCUCCCCAGCUCUAAUCUACCUUAGAGACUCCAGUUUUCUCAGCUCUGUGCCGGAUGCCUGGAAAAUUGACUUUUCCUCUGAGUCAGAUGAGGCAGCAGAGCGAAUCUCAGACCUGAAGAGCUACCUGGACAAACAGGAGGGGGUCACCUGCCACAGGUACUCUUGUGCAUGGGGUGGGGUAGCAGCAGGCCGGCCAUAUGUGAAGGGACUAGAAGAGUUUGGGCAGAUGGUGUUACAGCACGUGUGGGAACUGCUCCAGAGACUCUAUGUACAGCCCGAGUCAAGUCUGGAAAAGAUUGAAUCUGCUCAGAACGAUGACACUGUCCAGUCAGCCUUUCAGCAGCUACAGCAUCCACCUAGUCCAGCUCGGCCCAGUCUCCUGAAGAAUACUAUCCAGCAGCUACAGCAGCGCAGUGGUAGUUUGUGUCUAGUGACUGGAGAACCUGGACAGGGCAAGACAGCCUUCCUGUCAUCCCUAGUAUCAGCCCUACAGGCUCCCUGUGGGGCCACCAGAAGCUCCCAAGUGUUCUUCCACUUUGCUGGAGCCCGUCCUGAUCAGAGCUACAUCCUCACCUUGCUUAGACGCCUCUGUGCUUACCUGCACCAUCAGCUACAGUGUUCCAGACCCUUACCAACUACCUACCGGGGAUUGGUGUGGGAGCUACAUACCCUACUUCCCAAAUCUGCUCAGACCCUACGCUCUGGCCAGACGCUGGUACUGGUCAUUGAUGGAGCAGACCAACUAGGGGAUCAAAGCAGUCAUCCGAUCUCAGAUUGGAUUCCAAAGAGCCUGCCUCACAGAGUCCACCUUGUGAUGAGUGUGUCAGCAAGCACAGGCUUAGCAGAUAUCCUUCAAUGUCGCCGAGAUGCUCAGGUAGUGGCACUAAGAUCCCUGGAACCAACUGCCCGAGCCCAAUUGGUGAGACAGGAGCUGGCCCUGUAUGGAAAGCGGCUGGAGGAGACACCCUUCAACAAUCAGAUGCGACUGUUACUGGUAAAGCGAGGGGCCGCUCUGCCUCUUUACUUGCGCCUGGCCACUGAUCACCUUCGUCUCUUCACACUGUUUGAGCAGAUGUCUGAGCAACUUUGGACAUUACCAGCCACUGUGCCCCUACUACUACAACACAUGUUGGGUGUCCUGGAACAGGAGCAUGAGCCAGACAUUUUGCCUCUUGCCUUAGCUGCCCUCCAUGUCACACGCAGCGGUCUAACUGUGGACCAGCUUCAUGGAGUGAUAAGUACGUGGCGAGCACUAUCCUCGGAGACUAUAGAUUGGGCAGAAGCUUUGGCUGCAAGAAACAAAGGAGACCCUUAUCCUCUGGGUCCCUUUACCUACCUCGUCCAGAGUCUGCGCAGAUUGUUGGGAGAGGGGUCCCUGGAACUUCCUGGAGCCCGGCUGCGCCUCCCUCCUGGGCCCCUAAGCUCAGCAGUUGAGCUUCGCUAUAGGAAGAGACCUGGACUGAAGACCAAAGCACAUGUCCUCAUUGCAGUUCAGCUCUGGAAAAUGUGUGAUCCUGAAGCCUUGGGUACCUUCCAUAACUGUCGCCCUGAGGCCCUGAAUGACCUGCCCUACCACCUGGUACAGAGUGGGAACCAUUCCCUGCUUGCUUCCCUGCUUACCAACCUCAAUGUUAUGGCUACCUACCUAGAAUUGGGCUUGCUCUCCCAACUGCAAGAGGCCCAUGCCCUAUAUGCAUCUUCAAUCCCCACGAGUGAGCCAGUAUCUUCUGGGACAGAUGUUGUUGCAUUCUACACGUUCCUGAAGCAGCAAUCCAGGCUUCUCACCCAGUACCCAGCACUACUGGCCCAGCAGGCAAUCAACCAGCCUUCUAAUUCGCCUAUCUGCCAGCAAGUUCCAAAGCUGGCCCAGCGAUGGUCCUCCCAGCCCAUCUUGCGCUGGCUUAAUAAACCCCAAACCAUAGGAUCUCAACAAAGUUCCAGCCUGUCUCUGGUACCUCCCUCGAUGCCUACAGCUGUGAGUCUUUCCCCCAACGGACAGCGGGCAGUUGUGGCUACUGCCAGUGGGAUUGUUCAUCUGCUGGACACAUGUACUUGGCAGGAGGAGAAGUCCAUAGUGAGUGGCUGUAAUGGAAUCUCAUCUUGUCUCUGCCCCUCGAAUACUACUCUCUUCCUCGCAGCCUCAGAUGGUCUCCUGGAAUUCUGGGACCUCCAGGGCAGCUGGCGAGUGUUCCAAACCAAAGCCCACCAGCUCCAAAUCACUGACUGCUGCCUGAGCCCUGAUCGCCGGCUACUGGCCACUGUGUCCCUGGAUAGACAUCUGAAGCUGUGGGACACAGUCCAUGGAAAGCUGGCCUCCCAGCACUUGUCACAGAAGCCCUUGAAUUGUGUUGCCUUUCACCCUGAGGAGCAGGUGAUCACCACAGGAAACUGGGCUGGGCACCUUAGUGUUCUGCGACUGGACAGCCUCACAGUGACCACGGAACUCAGAGGCUCAGAGUCCUCGGUCUGUGCCGUGACAUUUGCUCCUUCUGGAACAGUCUUGGCUGCCAGCCAUCUAGAUGGCACUGUUGAACUGUGGGCUUGGCAGAAAGGAGCACGACUGGCUGCCUUCCCUGCCCACCUGGGAUAUGUUGCUUCUGCUCUCUUCCUGCAAUCUGGCCGCCAGCUGCUGACUGCUGGGGAGGAUGGCAAGGUACAGAUGUGGUCAGGAUCCUUGGGCCAGCCCAAGGGGAUUUUGGGUUCCUUGCCUCUCUCACCUGCCUUGUCUGUGGCAAUCAGUCCAGAUAGGGCUUUUGUGGCCGUUGGUCACCAUACAGAUGGUAUCAGAAUCUACAAGACCUCUUCAGGUACUGAGGAAGGUCAAUGCCCAGUGUCAGAUGCAGCAGUGUCUGCACUGGCCUGGUUGAACCCCAAAGUCUUGGUGAGUGGUGGAGAAGAUGGGAAUCUUCAGUGCUGGAUGCUUGCAGAUGUAACCCCACACCGUCUCUGGCUCUUACCUGCACACCAGAAGGCAGUGUUAGGUUUGGCUACUUCCCAGGAACUCCUUGCCUCUGCCUCAGAGGACUUUACUGUGCGGUUGUGGCCACUACAGUUUCUGACCCAGCCAGAGAUGGCAAAAGAGCUUCACCCUGGUAUAGAGCUCUGUGGGCACACAGGCCCCGUCACCUGCUGCAGCUUCAGCCCUGAUGGGGGCAUCCUGGCCACUGGUAGCAGGGAUCAGAGCCUUUUGUGUUGGGAUGUAAGGAUGCCAGAAGCUCCCAUUGUGGUGCAUUCCCUUCCCAAUUGUCACCGUGACUGGGUUACUGGUUGUUCCUGGACCAAGGAUGCCAUGCUACUCUCCUGCUCCAAUGAUGGUUCUGUACGGCUGUGGGACCCCAUAUCCGGCCAGCAGCUUGGCCAGUUUCUGGGUCAUCAGAAUGCAGUGAGCGCUGUGCUGGCUGUGGAGGAGCACGUGGUAUCUGUGGACCGAGAUGGAGUCCUAAAAGUGUGGGACCUCCGUGGUGUGGAGCUGACGAGUAUUCCUGCCCACUCUGGACCCAUCAGCCACUGUGUGGCCACCCAGGAGCCUCGUACAGCUGGACAGCCCGGGUCAGAGCUCUUGGUAGUAACUGCUGGACUGGAUGGGGCCACACGGCUGUGGCAUCCACUACUGGUGUGUCAGACACAUACUCUUCUAGGACAUAGUGGUUCAGUCAUUUCUGCUGCAGCCUCAGAGACCUUGGGUCUUCUGCUGACCGCCUCCAAAGAUGGCUCAGUGAGGCUCUGGCAAGUGCCAAAAGAAGAUGACACGGGUGCUGGUGAAAGGCCCACAGCCAUUACUGCUGUGGCCUGGGCUCCCGAUGGUUCUCUGGCAGUGUCUGGCAGCCAGGCUGGGGAACUAAUCCUAUGGCAGGAUGCCAAAGCUGUAGCCAGAGCUCAGGGCCCUGGCCGAGUCAGUGCGCUGUGCUGGAUCUCUCCACAAACCUUCUUUGCCCUCGUCAAUGACAAAAAUCUCAUCAAGUGGCAGGUGAAAAAGGAGGGUCUCCUGCCCAACAUUUUCAGCCUAGGCCAUGAUCUUCAACUGAACCAGCAGAAUACACACAGUCUGUUAUCUGGUAUGGACUUGGCCCCAGAUAGAUGCUCUCUCAUCUUAGCAAAGCCACUUUUGGGGAUGCUACUGAAAGUAGAUUCUACUCCCUCUGAAUUCUGGCAUGAACUCUCUCCUCAUAGUUUCAUCCUGUUUUCUACCCACAAGGAACAUGGUGUGUUUUCCCUGGACACUCUGAGAAAUGUACUUUCUGUCCAACAACAGACAGAAUCGUCAGUCCUGGAGCACAUAGAGGAUUUUGAUCUACAACUGGAAAAUCCCAGAGGAACUCCAUUGUGGAUAACCCAAGCCAAGCCUGAGUCUGACUCUGCUUUUCUGUGUGCCAGCUCAGAAGGGGUCCUUUGGAACAUGGCAGAAUGUACUUCUGAGGGAGACUGGGUCACUGACAACAUAUGGCAGGACACAGAAGAGGAAUUCGAUUCCCCAAAGUUGAAGACACGGUACUCCAAGAAGAUCCAUUCUGGUUCAGUCACAGCCCUCCAUGUGCUCCCUGAACUGCUCCUGACAGCCUCUGAGGACCGAGAUGUAAAGCUUUGGGAGAGACCCAACCUACAGCUGCGGGGCCUCUUCCGUUGUGAGGGUGCAGUAAGCUGUGUGGAGCCGAGACCUGGGCCUGCGUCUACCCUGCAGCUGGCUGUGGGAGAUGCCCAGGGCCACGUGUACUUUUUGUCAUGGGAGUAAGGCGGUUAGACAGAAACAACUAUCUGUCUGGAGAGACAAAGUCUGAGGAUGCCAUAAUGACAAGGUUUUCAAUAUAUUUAUUAUAUAAAAAUAACAGCAAACUCA